AUGGAUUUUGAGUUGCCUGAUGAAAGAGAAUCUCAGGACUCCAGGCUGAUAGAACCAUCCCGGGCUGGGCCCCGGUUUCCUUCUUGGGUAGUCAGGGCUUUGAAAGGUUGGUUCUCAGACCAUAUCCGACAUCCUUACCCGACCGCAAAAGAAAUGGAGAGCAUCCAAAGGCAAACGGGCCUCAGCAGACAACAGAUUGCAAACUGGCUCGCCAACACCCGCCGACGCAUCAAGUCCAAACGCCCGCGCGCACCAUCACCAUUCGUGGGGUUGAGAGACACCUAUUCCAACACAGACAUGUCUGACCCAAACGAAUCGCCCAUGUCUUUCCAGAAUAUGGACCCCUUACAGCGCUGGCAGAACUCGCCACCUGAACACGAAGCCGUCGAUGCCUCUGCCCUCGCACAAGCUAUAUCUGGACUCGCGCCAGGCAUGGGCCGACAAUCUCACGAUGAGGAUCGCGAUGUGUCCGGGUCGUGGCACAAUGCCUUAUCAACCAGUAGCGCAGGGACCUCAUACUCAAGUAGAAGUUCUCUUGCUUCUGCCUACUCCCAGAACUCGCACACUUCGCGUAGGUCCUUCGAACUUCCUGGGCAAGGCUCCAAGCGCAGGAGACGGAGGGUCGCUGCAGCUCGGUCUAUGCACACCACCGGAUUGAGUAACCUCUCGCGAACGUCACAUACUUUUCAGUGCACCUUUUGCACCGAGACAUUCAAAACCAAGCACAGCUGGCAACGGCAUGAAAAGUCGUUGCACUUGUCUCUUGAGCGGUGGACGUGCUCACCAGACGGCCCAAGAAUUAAGGAUCCAAACACAUCAAGGCUAGCUUGCGUUUUCUGCGCCCAGCUAGAUCCAGACGAAGAUCAUCUCCAGAGCCAUAACUGCGCUAUUUGCUUCGGGCGUCUUCCAGAGGAGCGAAUAUUUUACCGAAAAGAUCACAUUCGACAACAUCUUAAAUUGGUACAUAAUGCCAAGUUCAACGACUGGCCCAUGGACCUUUGGAAGGAUGAGAGUCAGAUUAUACGCUCUCGCUGUGGGUUUUGUAAGUUUGUUAUGAGUCAUUGGUCUGAUCGAGUUGGCCACCUGGCCGAACACUUCAGGGAAGGAAAGUCAAUGGCAGAUUGGCAGGGUGACUGGGGGUUUGAGGACCAUGUCCUUGACAUGGUUGAGAAUUCUGUGCCUCCGUAUCUAAUUCACUACGAGCGAAACUCGCCCUGGCCUUUUACAACCAAACAAGUACAUCCAGAAACUCCAAGCAACGCGUUUGAGCUUAUAAAGCUGGAACUAGAGGACUUCCUCACAGACCACCUUAACAAAAGCCAAUGCAUACCUUCUGACGAAGCUCUUGCGUAUGAGAGCUGCUGUAUCGUCCUUAGCUCUGAUGUUCUCUCCCAAAGCGCUGAGACGACGGCGCCGUCAUGGCUGCGCGAUUUGCUCACCUCGUCCGAGGAGACAACUAAGCGGGCACGGCUUCGUCCUAUGAAAAACCACUCGACCUCAUGGGUCACUCAGCUUAAGAUCCACGGGAAAGGAAACAUCUUCGAGACAUGCAGUAUGGAGAAUCAGCUCCAGAACUACGUCGAGAUCUCGACAAUGCUCGGGCACCAAGUGGGAGACUCGGAUCUUCAACUCGAGGCGUACAGCAUUGUUACGCGGAUGGAGGCGUCUUCGCCCCACCCUUGCCCAUGGUUUCAAACGUUUUUGGCUGGGCUAAUAUACGGGUCAAGCGGUUGGCUUGCACCAUUUCGCCGUCGCGCGAAUCUUGUGUCAAUGAUCCCUCAAUCCGCGCCUCGGUCAGAUCACAGUUCGGAGAUGCAAGACAUUCAAGCCACCACUUCUAGCCAUGAAUCCAAAAUUCCUCGCCUUGGCGUAUUACCUACGGGCACUGCUCCUGAGGAUCCCAUCGGAAAGUCUCUCGACACAGUCGGCACCUCCACCUCCGUCCCCGUUAUUGGAUCGAAUCAUGGCGAGCCAAAGAUACCACCCAGGGCGAUGCCGCUAUUACUCAAUGACGAUAACUGCUACCGAAGACUUGUCAGAGACUUAUCUCGGUUUGUAGUGAGCACGAUAUCCCCACGUAAUCCAGAUAGCCAUGUACCUACGGAUGAGGAACUCCAGUACCAAGCACGAUGGAUCAUGUUUCAAGACGAUGAUCCGUGGAACCAGACUCCUGCCGACAAUGCUGAGUGGCUCCGGCAGUUUAAGUGCGACCUACAUGUUCUACACGGCGAUGUGUUAUCUGGAUGGGUGGACACUAGUGUGAGUUCGUCAUGA